CGAGUUGCCAUAGAGGCGGAGAGAAGGAUAGACUAGCUGUUCUGGGGUCGCACUUCCGGCCAUCUCCCGGGGAGACGUGCUUUGUGGAGUCGGGAGUAGGUGGCAGCCGCUGGAGUCUCCGGUGACUGGGACCGCGGCGGCGGCCCCGCGGGCGGGAUGUUCCGGGGUUUCAGUACUUGGUUUGGCCAGCAGCAGCCGGCAGGGGGUGGCCGCCAGUCCGAGGGAGACGAGCAGCUUGAGCGAGACGCUGCACCCGAGCCGCACUCCGAGGCGGUGGCGGAGUCGGCUGAGAAGGAGCUCCUUCACCAGGCCAAAGGCCUGGGCGACUAUCUAUUUAACUUCGCAACCGCUGCUACAAAGAAGAUAACUGAAUCAGUUGCUGAAACAGCACAAUCGAUAAAGAAAUCAGUUGAAGAAGGAAAGAUAGAUGACAUCAUUGAUAAGACUAUUAUAGGUGAUUUUCACAAGGAACAGAAGAAAUUUGUUGAGGAGCAGCAAACAAAGAAAUCAGAAGCAGCAGUGCCCCCAUGGGUUGAUAGUAGUGAUGAAGAAACAAUUCAACAACAAAUUUUGGCCUUAUCAGCUGACAAGAGGAACUUCCUCCGUGACCCUCCGAUUGGUGUGCAGUUUCAUUUUGACUUUGAUCAGAUGUACCCUGUUGCCCUAGUCAUGCUCCAAGAGGACGAACUGCUGAGCAGGAUGAGAUUCGCUCUUGUUCCUAAACUCGUGAAGGAAGAAGUGUUUUGGAGGAACUACUUUUACCGAGUGUCCCUGAUUAAGCAGUCGGCCCAGCUCACAGCCCUGGCCGCCCAGCAGCAGGCUGCUGCCGCCAGAAAGGAAAAGAGCCACAGCAGAGAGGAUACACUGCCGCUGACAGAGGCAGUACGGCCCAAAACACCACCUGUUGUAAUCAAAUCUCAUCUUAAAACUCAAGAGGAUGAAGAGGAGAUCUCCACCAGCCCAGGUGUUUCUGAGUUUGUCAGUGAUGCCUUCGAUGCCUGUAACAUAGAUCAGGAGGAUCUGAGGAAGGAAAUGGAGCAGCUGGUGCUCGACAAAAAGCGGGAGGAGACAACCACAGUGGAAGAGGAUUCUACAGAUUGGGAAAAAGAACUACAGCAGGAGCUUCAAGAAUACGAAGUGGUGACAGAAUCAGAGAGACGAGAUGAAAACUGGGACAAGGAAAUAGAGAAGUUGCUGCAGGAGGACGAUUAACUGCUCACUGAAAGAAAAGAACAGUCCUUAACAUUCUGUAACUGACAUUAAAGUCUUGAUGAUAACACUCUGAAUCAAAAGGCACAAAAGAGUAUAACUUUAUGAAACUCAGAAUUAUUCUUUUUUCACGUUGAAACUUGCCUCUUUAAAAAAAAUCAAGAGAGCAUUUACUCUAAUCAAAAAGGGAUGCUUAAUAUUUCUUUCAUAUAAAUCUAGCUAGAGAUAUUCUUAUAGUCGGUAUGGGUAUCUUAGCCACAGAAACACGAAUACAAUUUUUAGAAUUCUGUUUUCCGUGAGGUCCACAAUAUAUUCUUCAAUUGUGGUUUUCUAAACAUUUGUACUUCUUGUUGCACUUUUGUUGAUACAUGUACUUUAAAGUGUUUAAUGGAUUGAUAGCUAUCAAAAUGACCAAACUGUACCAAAGAACUCAAGAGGAAGCACUUUCAGAACUGUUUUCUUGGCAUUUUCUACAAUUCCAUCUGGAAGCCAAAAGAGAAAAUAAUUGUAGAUUUUAAUGGUAUAAACAUCACACAAUUUGACAUGGAGAAGUACUGUGCAAAAAUAUUGUUCUUUGGGGGUCUUUUCUUUCUCAUUUUUUUUUUUGUUUUUAACCAUACCACAUUCAAUAAUACUAUUUUCCUAAAUAUUACAUCAUGGCUUUUGUAAAAAGCUGGGCCUGUCAUCCUUUUUUGUAUUAAUGACUGUCAAAGGCCUAUUCAACUUAAAGUCUCUUGUUUCAAUUGCCAUCACAUAUAAAUAGCUUUGUUUGUCUUAACUGUCUUUAUAAAAUUAUGUUCCUCUGAGUACAAACUUACGAAAUGUCAUUGAUCAGUCCUACUUGCAUUCUGCUAAACUGGACGAUGGUUAUUUUCAAAGAACAGGGUAGCAUAACUUCCAAGGCAUUCAUUUCUUGAACCUUAAGUUUUAAGGAGCUUUUAUUUCAUAAAAGGGGAUAGAAUUAAGAUAAUUCUUUAUAAGAAAAUGUACAUAUUUUAUUCUUGGCCCCAUAAAAAUUAGUCUAUGGUUCUUUGACAAAGGUAUAGUCAAUGACAGAACUGAGUGUGGGCCUGAGUGUUCAUUACUCUUACGUUUGUAGUUUGGGAUGCAGCCAUGUGAGUGAGCCAGACCGUCCCCGGCGAGGAUGACCUGGAUUGUAGCAGUAAACUCACGUGCUCAUGAAACCACUGACCCCAUUAUCAGGAGGUCGCCACUGCGGUGCCACAGUUGCAAAGGACUGAGUGUGGGCUCAGAGGUGAUACCUGGUCACUCCUGAAAUAACCCUAGUGAAGGGGAAGAUUUGUUGGACAGCAUUUGCUGGAGGGAAAGAAACACAUGAAAUGCUUUUAAGUUGCUAAAAAUCCUACAUGUAAGCAGAUCAUGGGGUGACAGCACUCAGCUCUUAGCCCAUGCACUAAAAUUAAGUUAAACACCUAAAAUGACAAUGGAACUAUAUUGAUUGUUGUUACAUCAAUUUUACAUGAUAUUCAUUGCAUUUAAAAACAACCUAAUUGUGUAUUGCCUCGUGAAAAUAAAAGGAUAAAGUAAGA